AUGGCCCCUUCCAGAAUAACAGGGAUCGUGACGAUUGAAAAUGUCCACUUUCAGAACAGAGCUGCGCUGCUUGAGGACCAUGAUGUAGAACCAUUAUACUGUGUCAUUCCGGAGCCCGAAAUAUCUAAUACUGAAUUGUGGGAGCUCAUUUACGCUGUCCCCAAUCGGUAUCAGAUUAGGAAUAUCAAGCACAAGCACUAUGCUGUUCCUCGACAUCAACGUGAUGGCGUAGUUGGAUCAAGCAGCAAGCAAUGGUGGUUCAUUGAUGCUGCCGAUGAUGAAGAUGGAGAUGUUUACACUAUACGGCAUCUUGAGAAAACCGAUCUAUGCUGGUUUCUUGGCGAUGGGUCCAACAAUACGCCAAUUUAUCUCAAAGAUACUCCAAAAGAUCGUCGAUGUAUAUGGAAAAUCACUCCAUAUUCCUAUACCAAUGCCAGGAUUAAUCCACCCGCGAAUUCUUUGCAUCCAGAUUGGUCAACUGAGCUAUUGGCAAGAUUCAGUUCAAUGGUUGACGUGUAUACAGAGGCUCAUCCUGCUGUGACGGGAGCUGUAGCGCUGAAAAUCCUCAAGUGUGCAUCUGAGAUCAUGACUGAGCACGUCAAGAAUAGCAAUGAACGGCUUGAUCUUGAUGUAUCUGAGAAGAUCAUACACACCUACUCGCAGAUGUGCGAGAAUGAAGAAUUGCCUGUGGAUCCUGCGAUAGAAGCUGACUUGGAAACGCUUACCCAAGAGAUGCUAGAGCGCGCGGAUUUCAUCGCUCAUCCAGAGAAGAUGGAAUGUCGUAAGUUCGUGCCCCAUUCUCGACGCCAUGGCCGCCUCUCCAACCCCCUGCGCCCGCCGCCCACUGUGGCUUCCUCUGUCCUUGAUAAGCAAGAUCAUAGGCCGCGCCUGAUACAGACUCAGUCAUUCAAGCUUGAUCCUGAGCCGCCGAGGAUCCGGUCCAACUUCCCGGUCACGUACUGGGCCGACAUGCAUAUUAGGACUUCGGGGCUGAAGAAUCUGGGUAACACGUGCUAUAUGAAUUCGACGAUUCAGUGCUUGAGCGCUACCGUGCCGUUCGCGCGGUUCUUUACUGAAGGACGAUGGAAGAGUGCUAUCAACAUGAUCAACCCAAUGGGAACAAAGGGGAACCUUGCGCAAGCUUUCGCCAAUAUUCUCCAAGAUUUACAGCAGAGCGAGUCGCAGUGUCUGUCUCCGGGCGCAUUCCGUAGGUCAUUGUGCCGGCACGCCCCUCAAUUUGACGGAACAGAGCAGCACGAUUCACAGGAGUUCCUUCACUUCCUGCUCGAUGGUCUGCAUGAGGACCUCAAUCGGGUGCUAGUGCGCGCACAAAUAGACCCAACGCCCGAAAGAGAAGCCGAGUUAGAGAGACUACCCACGCAGAUUGCCAGCGAGCAGGAAUGGCAGAUCUGGCAGAGGCGGAAUGAUAGCUUGGUCGUAGACUUCUUCCAGGGUCAGCUCCGCAACCGACUGGAGUGCCUCACGUGCCACAAGACUUCGACCACUUACAACACGUUCAUGUACCUCACUUUACCUGUUCCCACCCGUCGAGGUCUAUCCAAAGUGUCAUUGUCUCAGUGUUUGGAUGCCUUCGUCAAGGAAGAAGUGAUGGAGGAGUCGGAUGCAUGGAACUGCCCACACUGCAAGACGCUGCGCAAGGCGACGAAGAAUCUGUCGCUAUCACGAUUGCCCCCCGUGCUUCUGAUCUACCUGAAGCGUUUCUCGUCCAAGGGCCACUUCACAGACAAGAUCGAGACGUUCGUCGACUAUCCCGUGCGGGAUUUAGAUCUCACCAACUACAUGCCCCUUCCGCUGCCUCCCGGCGUGGACGGGGGCCCUCACAUGCCGAGAGAUGAUCCUGGCGUGCAGAUACCACCGUACCGAUAUGAUUUGUAUGGCGUCACCAACCACUACGGCACGUUGAGCAGCGGGCACUGUAAGUGUUUUGUCGAGGAUCGGCUAUCUGCGCUGUGUUGA